AUGAAGGACUCCUGGUUUUUCGACAAUAACUUCAAUGGUCUGUCAGAUGAGAUUUUUGAUGAUGUCGUUGGCUUUUUUGAUUUCCCUCUGGAAGAUGUGGAAGAAGAUUGGGAUUCUCAAUUGAAAUGCCUUGAAGACCAACAUUCUGAGGUUCUUUCAGCAUCAUCAAAUGGGCUAUGUGGCAAAACUCAAACUGAAAACCCCCAACUCGGAACGGAGUUCUCUGCUUCUUGUAACGUGAUUUCCCCAAUAAAACAGCUGGCAAAGGCUCCUGGACCAACAUAUGGAAAAUCCAUUCCCAUCAAGAAUGUCAAUUUCAAUGGAAAAGAUUUGUAUCAAUUCCGAACCUACAGCCCAGUUUCAGUUUUUGAAAGCAGCAGUUCUUCCUCUGUUGAGAAUUCCAACUUUGAUCAACCUGUCAUUCCAGUAAAGCGGGCUCGAAGUAAACGGCAGCGUGUUUCAAGCUUCAGUCCUCUAUUUUCCAAUCCUUUCAUCCUUAAUUCACAGGCUUUGCAGAAACAGCUAAGGACAUCUGCCUCUGAAUCAGAUUUCGGAACAAAUGCUGCUGGGAAUAUAUCAAACAAAGUAAAAAGCCACAGGAAAAAGGAUUUGUCCCUGCUGUCAGAAGAUGUUGAGAUGAUAAGAUCCUCACAUCUGGAGUCAGAUCCCCCCAGAAAAUGCAUGCAUUGUGAGGUGACAAAGACUCCACAAUGGAGAGAGGGACCUAUGGGUCCCAAAACACUCUGCAAUGCUUGCGGUGUUCGAUAUAGGUCUGGCCGCCUCUUUCCGGAGUACCGGCCAGCAGCUAGCCCAACUUUUGUUGCAUCAUUGCACUCAAACUGUCACAAGAAGGUCGUGGAGAUGAGAAGCAGAGUCCAGGAGGGUGUUAGGGGUUCUAUGUUGGCUUCAUCAAAUCUCCAUGGAAAUUCUGUAGGAUAA